AUGUCGAGCCCUCUUCUUUUCCAAGCAAUUCGAGACAGUAAUCGUGAACAGCUCGUGCUUCUGCUCGAACAAAAACACGCCAAUGUGAAUCAAGCUAAUAGCAACGGGACGACGCCUCUGAUCUUGGCCGCGCAGCUUGACAGAACGUCCUUUGUUGAAAUCCUUCUAGUCAAAGGGGCCGAUCCCUCAGCCCAAGAAAAGCUUGAGCUUGGAGGCAGUACCGCUUUGCACUACGCAGCGAAAAACGGCAACAGAGAGGUGACGGUAUUACUCCUGAGCAAUGGAGCGCAGGCGACAGUCCAAGACAAGUUGGGACGUACGCCCCUCCAUACCGCAUGCCGGUAUGGCAGUGCAGUGAUAGUGCAGAUCCUCUUGUCCAAAGGAGCCGAACCGUCGAGCAGAGACUCUUCAGGCGAGUCGCGGGAAAUACAGACUUACCAAUCUAUUGCUAACACUUCCAUUGAACUUCGGUCUCAAAAAGACUUUACGUGGUUUCACUGUGCGCCCUCUCAACCCAACUACCACACGACAACUCUCCCUGCAAUAUACGUGACUGUUUACUGGUUGGCAUUUUGUGCUGCAGGAUUCACUCCGUCGUAUUGGGCCAAGGUCAAAGGGCACGAUGAGUGUUUAUCUUUGCUACCGCCUCCUCAGUUUUACGGAAGCAAGCAAAUAACUGAUUUUCAGCUAGUAACGAUGGACUCUCUAAACAUGACUUUGAAAAUUCCUUCCAAGAAAGGCGGUGCUGGCAAGGGGAAGGGGAAAAAGAAGAAGUGA